AUGUGUCAGUGUGAUCUCCGUAAGAAGUGGAUAACAUUCGCUUUGGAUGAUGACACAUAUGUUGAGAAGAUUGCCCUCGACACUAAGGAGUAUUUCUCAUCGACUUUCCGUCAUCUGCAAAUCUUAGGGUCCCGCAAGUAUCCAACUGAUACCUGGCGUGUUCUUGGGGAGAUCGAAACUGAUCCUACAGAGACUCAACAAUGGUUUGAUCUCUCACAUACUAGCAGGUGUGCUAAAUGCUAUGUUAAAUACAUCAAAAUAAGAGUACUGACAAGUCACACUAUGGAAGGUUAUGGGAUAUGCACUCUCACUCGUUUACAGCUCUUUGGUGGUACACUGCUUCAGAAUCUCCACAGGCUGCAAAGGAAAUACGAAGCACCCAAACACGCAGCGGCGUCGAUCGAUGCCUCGGCACUCAUUAAGUCUACAUCCGCCAUGCUCGAGUCACUUUCGAUGUCUACCUCGCGGCCCGUGGAUGCAAACCCUACGGAAGAGCAGACCCUUUCCGCUGUGGAGACAUGCCCUGAGAAGCGGGACUCGCAUGAUGAGCUGUUGAAGUCGCCUACUGUAGAAGUGGGCAAGCCUUCGCAAGGGGAGGAUGACGAAAGUCAAAGCUUUAACAAUCGAGAUGCUCCAUCACCUCCGCCCCUCGAGGCAGGGAUAGAGGCUGCCAUUUCCGAGGGUCCGCCGCUACUUAGGUUUGUGGAAGAGAUGUCGGCGUUGGAAACGAAUUAUCAUCAACUAUCAGCUAAGGUCGAGGAGUUGAUCGGCAAGAUACGUGAAAGGGAUAAGGCCUCUCUGCAUAAUACCCAGGGAGUGCUGGACGUAGGAGCACACCCCUACAAGACUGCCGCCCCUCACCCUCACGCUAGCCCCCUAUAUGUCUCAUGGGCCUCCCGUUGGAUAAAUGAUAACGGAUCAUUUCUCCGCGAUGUCAUACUAGCUGUAGCUGUGAUAUCAACACUCUACUCGAUGUAUCGUAUUAACGUGAGUGCAUCUCGUCACAACAGCAGUCCGAGUCGUUGGACCCCCAUUGGAAUGAGGGAGGAAGUAUCCGACCCAGGAAAGCGGCGAUGGAAGUCGUUGAGCAGCGACUUCAUUGAGAUAUUGGAAACAGCUUCGUCAUCCAAGUUGAACGAAGCCAUCAUCGAAGAUGAGGCCUCGAGGGUACCGACUAGGACUGUUUAUCUUCGUUCAUGCUCCGUCUGUGCUGAUACUGCUCCAGGUGGCUGA